UCCCCCUCUUCUCUCGCUUCUCUCUCUGGCAGCACAACAUAACAUUUUCUCCCGUAUGCAAAGGGCGCAACACAACACCACCAUCUCCUCCAUUUUCUUCACAUAUAUAAUUAGUAAUAUUUUUUUUUUAUUAUUAUUCACUUAAUCACUUUCCUCUGUAAAACCCUAAUUUCCCACUCUUUUAUUUUUCUCCUUCUCUCUCUACAGUUCGAAUUUUUGUCUCUCUCUCUACAAGCCUCUCGAUUAUUUCACAAAUCGAUCCACUUCCAAUCGCUUCAUAUUUGUAAACAAUUCCGUUCUUCAAUUACAAAGAUCUAUCUGUAAUUGCUUUUAAUCGAAGGUUUUCUUUCUUUCUUUGGGUUAGGGUUUGUUGAAGAAGAUUUAUUUUCACGGGUCAAGGUAGGCAGGCUGGCGGGUAAACGGGUCAAGUAAAUGGCGGAUCCGCCAAGUAUCCGCCAACUGUUAGUUAUUCUUAAAGAAGAAGAGGAGUUUACAGAGUUACAGAGUGGUAAAGAAAGCGAAGAGUGAAAGAAGCAUGCUGAGCGUGAUACGUGUGCACCUGCCGUCGGAUAUUCCAAUUGUUGGCUGUGAGUUGACGCCGUACGUUCUUUUACGGCGACCUGAUAAGGCCGUCACUACCGAUGAUGUUCCUGAGUCGGCCCCCCUUGACGGUCAUUUCUUGAGAUAUAAGUGGUAUCGGAUACAGAGUGAUAGAAAAGUUGCUGUCUGUAGUGUACAUCCAUCUGAGCAAGCCACAUUGCAGUGCCUAGGCUGUGUUAAGGCCAAAAUACCUGUUGCCAAAAGUUACCAUUGCUCUACCAAGUGUUUCUCUGAUGCAUGGCAGCAUCACCGUGUUCUACAUGAUCGUGCUGCAAGUGCUGUAAGUGAAAAUGGAAAUGAUGAGGAAGAGGUAUUUGGGCGUUUUAAUAGCACUGGGUCUGGAGUUCUUAACACUAGUUUGUCCAGUUCUGCAUCGACAGCUAGCUUGACAAAUGGUUCAGCACCUUUAUAUCCUGCAGCAGUUGCACAAAGGAGUGGUGGUGAAACCUGGUUUGAAGUUGGACGUUCUAAAACAUAUACUCCAUCAGCUGAUGAUAUUGGCCAUGUUCUUAAGUUCGAAUGUGUUGUUGUAGAUGCAGAAAGUAAAUUACCUGUAGGACAUCCCAACACCAUUCUUACUUCCCGUGUGAUUCCAGCUCCCUCUCCUACUCCACGUCGCUUGAUCCCUGUCAGUGGAAUUGAUGUGAUGGGCCAUUUAGAUUCAGAUGGCCGUAUUUCAUCCUCAGGAACUUUUACAGUGCUGUCUUACAACAUUUUAUCUGAUGUUUAUGCGACAAGCGAGACAUACAGUUAUUGCCCAUCGUGGGCUCUUUCGUGGCCGUAUCGCAGGCAGAAUUUGCUACGGGAAAUUGUUGGAUAUCGUGCUGACAUUGUUUGUCUACAGGAGGUUCAAAAUGAUCACUAUGAGGAAUUUUUUGCCCCUGAGUUGGACAAACAUGGUUAUCAAGCUCUUUAUAAGAGAAAAACCAAUGAGGUUUACAGUGGAAAUAGUCCAACUAUCGAUGGUUGUGCAACAUUUUUCCGUAGAGAUAGGUUCUCACAUGUCAAAAAAUACGAGGUUGAAUUUAAUAAAGCUGCACAAUCUUUAACCGAAGCUGUGGUUCCAAGUGCUCAGAGGAAAACUGCUUUAAAUCGUUUGGUCAAGGAUAAUGUUGCGUUAAUAGUGGUUUUGGAAGCAAAAUUUAGUAAUCAAGGAGCUGAUAAUCCUGGGAAGCGACAACUACUUUGUGUUGCAAAUACUCACGUCAAUAUUCACCACGAUUUAAAAGAUGUCAAGCUUUGGCAGGUCCUUACUCUCUUGAAAGGUUUGGAGAAAAUUGCAGCCAGUGCAGAUAUUCCAAUGUUAGUCUGUGGAGAUUUUAACUCUAUGCCCGGAAGUGCUCCUCAUUCACUUCUUGCUAUGGGAAAAGUAGAUCCCUUGCAUCCAGAUUUAGUGAUAGAUCCGCUUGGAAUUUUACGUCCUCACAGCAAGCUUACGCAUCAGUUGCCACUGGUUAGUGCUUACUCAUCCUUUGCAAGAUUGGGUGUUGGUCUUGGAUUGGAACAGCAGAGGAGGAGAAUGGACCCCGCAACAAAUGAGCCUCUGUUUACAAACUGCACUAGAGAUUUUAUUGGCACCCUUGAUUACAUAUUUUACACAGCGGACUCUUUGACAGUGGAGUCCUUGCUGGAACUCUUGGAUGAGGAAAGCUUACGAAAAGACACAGCCCUUCCUUCUCCAGAGUGGUCAUCUGAUCAUAUAGCACUCUUAGCUGAAUUUCGCUGCAAGCCUAGACCGCGACGUUGACAAUCAAGUGUAGGUCUAGAGAUGCACAAGACAGUGACUAGAAGAAACCAAAGGAAUUAGAUUACCGUAAGAUCAUGGUCCAUGUGUUAUUUUCCAGGUAUCUCAUAGUGGGGUAUCCUUUGCUGUGAUCUGCUUUGUAUCAUGCCACCUUUGUCUCAUAGAAAAGUUAUGGUAUGCCUUAUUCAAUCGUUUUCCUUUUUUUUUUUUUUUUUUCUUUUCCCCUUUACUGAAAGAAAUGCCCCUACCUCCUUAGUGUAUGUCAUCCAUCAUCUUGUACUUUAAGCUCUCCCUGCAUAGCAAGUGGUUAGUGGCAUGCUAUUGAAUGCCCACUAGUUUUGGGUUCAAUGAUAUCCUUUGUUCACUGUUCUUUUUCUCA